AUGUCUUUUUUCUUUGGGAGAACGCGCACAAGGACAAACACGUCAGAUCUCGCCAAGCAGGCAAGGGACCAUGUCACGAAACUCCAGGACGGGCCGCAGGGGGCCGCAAAGGCCGAGGAGCUCGCGAAAGUGCUUGCACAGAUGAAACAGCUCCUACAGGGCACACACGCAGAGGCCGAGCCGAACACGGAGCAGAUCUACCAAUUAGUAACGGGCAUGAUUGAAGAAGAUCUCCUCUACCUCCUCGCCGUCCACCUACACCGACUGCCGUUCGAGUCCCGAAAGGAUACCCAGGUCAUCUUCUCCUACAUCUUCCGCUUCCGCCAGCCAACAGGGCCCCAAAAGCCCGAACCGCUGGCGCUAGCUUACGUCGUCGAGAAGCGACCCCAAGUAUUGGUGGAGCUGUGCAAGGGGUACGAUCACAAGGAGAGCGCCACGCCAGCGGGCACUGUGCUGAGGGAGGUGCUGAAGAACGAGGCGGCCGCCGCGAUAAUAUUGUAUGACGACGGCGAGGAACAAGGGUCGAGUGCCAGGGGGGUCGGGGGAAUCAACCCGGAUCGGCCACAAAGCGGGAGGGGCGUGUUUUGGAAUUUCUUCGACUGGAUCGACAAGAGCUCGUUCGAGGUGAGCGCAGAUGCGUUCACAACCUUCAGGGAACUCAUUACCAAGCACAAAGAUCUGGUCCCCCGCUACCUGGCCGUCAACUUUGACUUAUUCUUCGACCGGUACAACAACGUGCUGGUCCAGUCCAACAGCUACGUCACGAAGCGCCAGUCGAUCAAGUUGCUCGGCGAGAUCCUGCUCGACCGCGCCAACUACAACAUUAUGACGGCCUACGUCGACCGCGGCGAGCACCUGAAGAUCUGCAUGAAUCUGCUGCGCGACGACCGCAAGAUGGUGCAGUAUGAAGGCUUCCAUGUGUUCAAGGUGUUUGUGGCCAAUCCCCACAAGUCCGUUCCCGUGCAGAAGAUCCUCAUCAUGAACCGGGACAAGCUGCUGCAGUUCCUGUCGCACUUUCUUGAGGACCGCACCGAGGACGAGCAAUUUAUCGACGAGCGUGAGUUCCUGAUCAAGCAGAUUCGGAAUCUGCCGCCCGCACCCGUGCCACCGCCGCAGCGGUAG